CAGUAACCUAUUGUUAGCUAAUGACAGCAUGUGUGUCACUGUCUUUCUUCUGUUCUUUCCAACUCACAAAGCCAGCAUUAGCAUUGCAAUAGUAUAAUAGUUGCACAUCACACCCCAUUUUUCUGUUGCCUUCAAAGCUUUCACAGAUUCUUCUACUCUUCAUAUCACUGUUGUAGUAAACUUGUGAUGAGCCUGAAAAGCAGUGACUGGAAAAUGAGAAGAGGUUUCAUGUGCCACUCUCAAGCUUCAACAGCUGUGUGCAUGAGCACUCGUGACCCUCGAUCUGUGGUUCUGCCAAAGAGGCUUGAAAGAACUGUGUUUCUUGAUGAUACAAGGCUGAUCAACUAUGCCAAGUACUCCAAACUCGUUGAGCCUCCAAGGUCUAAUCCAGUUCCAAAGAUCAAGCUUAGAGUGCAAGAUCAAGAUCAAGCCAAAAAUCAACCAAAGGACCUUCUGAAAACACAGACAGAUAAUAACGUCUUUCAGGUGGUUGUGAUGCGGGUUGCAAUUCAUUGUCAAGGAUGUGCUGUAAAGGUGAAAAAACAUCUGUCUAAGAUGGAAGGAGUUACAUCAUUCAGUAUAGAUUUAGAGUCGAAGAGGGUGACAGUGAUGGGGCACAUUUCACCAGUGGCAGUUCUUGAGAGUAUUUCAAAGGUGAAAAGGGCAGAGUUAUGGACUGCUUGUUGAAGCAUUUCAUAGUACCUUAAAGGGAAGCAUAGAACAUGCAGAGCUUGGGUCAAAAAGCUAGAAAAUUUCCUUAGUGAUCUUAUUUGUUAACAACUUUUUAUGGUGGUGGACCUGGUGGUCCUCAACACAAUAAAAUUAGGGAAUGUGGGGUGGGUAGAACUCUGCUCAAGUGACUUGGUUCUGGUGGUGAUGUUCAAUGACCAUUUAAUGGUAUCUACCCAUUCCACCUUGCAGUUUCUUUUUCUUUUAUGGCAUUCUAAUUAUAGUGGCAAUGCUUAAAAACCAUUGUGGGAAAAAGCUGUUUCACUUCUUCUCUUUGAA